AAUCCCGGGUGCAAACCACUCCCGCAUCAACCAGAUCAGGCACCUCGGGGCCGAUCAUGGAUUUUGUACAACCUGUUGCAAUGAAGUCAUUCGCAAAAGAAGCAGAAGCCAAAGUAGGUGCGGAGUUGGGCAUUCCUCCUUCCCCGGCAGGUAGAAGCCGGCGGCCAGCACCUCAUUUCAACACCUGAAAGCUCUGGAAGAGCGACCGCGAGGACGAGCAGCCAGUGUCGCAGCGUCCCAGCUUACACCUCCUCGCCGCCAUUCGCCUCCGAGCCCAACCGAAUGGCGACCGCUGGCUCGAUCGCAAAGUGCAAAGCUCUCCCCCUAGAGCUGAUUCCCCGCAUUCUGUGUCUGGUCGCGCUCACGGAUCCCAAAGACCUAGUCAACUGCCUCCUAGUCUGCAAAGCAUGGAACGCCUCCCUCUCCAUCCGCGAACGCUGUGUCGUCUCAUACGGCUGGAUCGACUCCACCAACGAGCUGGAACGCUUCUAUUUGUUUGAUCACGGCAAGGGACGGGAGCUUUCUGUUGUGGACACGCAGGCUUACACCCUGUGGGACACGGACCGUAUCCGACUCGCUUUUUUGACCUCGGAGUUUGCGCUGCUGCAGGAAAUGCAGGCCGAUAUGUGGGAGUGCGCGGAGAGGUCACAUCCGGAUGCGCCGGAGGAGGAUGCCGACUGGGUGGCUUUGGCCCAUGACCUCGACCUCCUCGCUGGGCCGUUCAGUCUCUACAACACGUAUGGUCAAAUGGCCUCUGAGCCGCGCAGUCUGCGCGAAGUUUAUGAGGGAAGUGGCACUAGGGAUGUAGGUGUUGAGGCAUUGCCGUUUCUGCUUGCGCCUGUUCCCGAGUUGGAGGGGGAGGAACCAACGGAUGACAGUGCUAUUCUCGAAACGCUUCUAUACCGUCUUUGGGUCUCGGAAGACGUGAAGGAGCGCUACAAACUGCGAAGGAUCGAGCUUGGCGACAGCGCGACGUUCAGGAGGUACCGUAAUUUUUCGUACCUGGGCGCUGAUGUACACGAGGACGAGGAGUUUGAAUCGCCCGAGACGAGACAGGAGCGGCGGCGGAAAGUCGACGAAUGUUUCGAGGCUCUGGUAGAUGAGGAUUUUGUGGAACUGAUCGAUGUUUCGAUACAUCGAGAAGAAGAUGCGGAGUGGUCCGGCACUCUCCCCAAUUUCAUAGUGUGUCGGAGGAGGGAAGCGGGCUGCAAUUUGCUGGGAUGGCUGGUGUACUGGACUACGAAUGAUCACCCUUACUAGAUCCAUUCCUUCCUGCGAUCGAUGUAUCUAGAUGUAGCACUCGCAAAAUAGACGUAGAUUCAAGAUCUGUCCAGCACUUCAUUUGCUGAAGUAAGAACAACGCUUCCUUUCUAUGAAACCAUGCAUCAUUCAGAUGGAGCCUGACAGACCA